CACUCCAGACUCUCAGUCGCUCGGGCUUCUCCCCGCCCCGCCCCGUCAUUGUCCCCUCCGGGCGCCUUUUUUCUCUUCCGUCCUAAAGGCUCCGAGGGCCGCUCCCUUCUCCCGGUGCCCCGCGUCCGUCCACCCUCGGUGGGUCAGACGAGCAGGAUGGAGGGCUGCAUGGGAGAGGAGUCUUUUCAGAUGUGGGAGCUCAACCGGCGCCUGGAGGCCUAUCUGGCUCGGGUCAAGGCGCUCGAAGAGCAGAAUGAGCUGCUCAGCGCGGAGCUCGGGGGGCUCCGGGCGCAGGCCGGGGACUCCUCCUGGCGGGCCCGCGCCGACGACGAACUGGCGGCCCUGCGCGCCCUCGUGGACCAGCGCUGGCGGGAGAAGCACGCGGCCGAGGUGGCGCGCGACAACCUGGCCGAAGAGCUGGAGGGUGUGGCCGGCCGGUGCCAGCAGCUGCGGCUGGCCCGGGAGCGCACGGCCGAGGAGGCAGCCCGCAGCCGGCGCGCCGUCGAGGCGGAGAAGUGCGCCCGGGGCUGGCUGACCAACCAGGCGGCCGAGCUGGAGCGCGAGCUGGAGGCUCUGCGCGCCGCACACGAGGAGGAGCGCGCCAGUUUGAACGCGCAGGCUGCCUGCGCCCCCCGGGGCCCCGCGCCGCCCCGCGCGCCCCCCGCGCCCGCGCCCGAGGUGGAGGAGCUGGCCCAGCGGCUGGGCGAGGCGUGGCGCGGGGCCGUGCGCGGCUACCAGGAGCGCGUGGCGCACAUGGAGACAUCGCUGGGCCAGGCGCGCGAGCGGCUGGGCCGCGCGGUGCAGGGCGCCCGCGAGAGCCGCCUGGAGCUGCAGCAGCUGCAGGCGGAGCGCGGCGGCCUCCAGGAGCGCAGGGCGGCGUUGGAGCAGAGGUUGGAGGGCCGCUGGCAGGAGCGGCUGCGCGCCACUGAGAACUUCCAGCUGGCCGUGGAGGCCCUGGAGCAGGAGAAGCAGGGCCUGCAGAGCCAGAUCGCCCAGGUCCUGGAAGGUCGGCAGCAGCUGGCACACCUCAAGAUGUCUCUCAGCCUGGAGGUGGCCACCUACAGGACGCUCCUGGAGGCUGAGAAUUCCCGGCUUCAGACACCUGGCUGCCGUGCCAAGGCCUCCCUCGGCUUCCAGGACCCAAAGCUGGACCUGCGUUUCCCGGGGACUCCAGAGGGCCGACGUCUGGGACCUUUGCUCCCUGUCCUGAGCCCAACGCCCCUCCCCUCCCCUUUGCCUGACACCCUGGAGACACCUGUGCCAGCCUUUCUGAAGAGCCAGGAAUUCCUCCAGCCCCGGGCCCCCACCUUGGCUAGCACCCCAAUUCCCCCAACUCCCCAGCCUCCCAUUGCUGCCUCUGAUGUAGAGCUCAGGGCCCAGGAUGCCCCUGUCUCCUUGCUCCCACCACAGGGGGGGAGGCAGCAGGCUGCAGAGCCCCUGUGGGCUGAAGCCAAGGUGGCCAUCCCUGCCAGCAUCCUGCCAGGACCCGAGGAGCCUGGGGGUGAACAGCGAGAGGCCACUUCCGGCCAAGCCCCUGAGGAUCCUGGCCCCUUGGCCCCACCCCUCAGCCCUGACCACCCCAGUCCAGAAGCUAAAGACAGAGAGCCCAGUGGGUCUAGAGCGUCCAGCCCAGCCCAGGAGGAAGGUGAAGGGCAGAUUGAUGGGCUGGUGGAGGAGGCAGCAGCCGUGGAGGUCCGAGUGGUCAGCCAAGUGCAGCAGGCGGCACAGCCAGCAGGUGAUCUGGACAUGGAGGAAACCGAGGACUCUCAGGGUCCUUUGGGAGAAGAAACCCAGGAGGCUCUGGGAGAGGAGAUCCCGCAGCCACUGGUGUCCCCAGGAGACCAGAGCCAGGAGGCCCCGGAGAAGGAGAAUCAAGAAUCGCUGGGGUCUUUGGGAGAAGAGAGCUCAGGCAUGUUAGCAAGUGUAGAGACAGAUAAUCAGGAGCCGUUGCAGCCCAUGGAAGAAAAGGACUUGGAGGUGGCCAGACCUCUGGGAGGGGAGGUCCCUGAGCUGCGGGAGCCUGGGGGGAGAGAGGACCCACGGGCACCGCAGUCCCUAGAAGAGGAGAGGCAAGAACGGGUGGUGCCCCUUGCAGGGGAUCCUGAGACAUUUCCAGGAAAGGAAGAUGGAGAAGCAGUGACGUCUCCGGAAGAGGAGGAUGCGGAGUCAUUGGGAGCUCCAGAAGAGGAGAAUCCGGAGCUGCAUGGAUCUCAAGAAGGAGAAGACCCCGAGCCACAGAGGCCUCCAGGAGAGGAGAGCCGGGGGUCCCUGGGGUCUUCUGAAGAGGAAGACCUAGAGGCGUUGAGGCCCCCACAAAAGGAGAACCAGGAGCCCCCGACGCCGGCAGAAGAGGAGGAGGAGCAAGAGACGGCGCCACCUGCGGCAAAGGUGGACCUGGAGCCACUGGGGUCUCCUGGCAAAGAUCAGGAGGGAGUUAGACCUCCUGGAAGGGAGGAUCAGGAGUUAGCCAAGUCGUUGGAAGAAGACAAUGCGGGGGCAGUGAGCUCUGCAGGAGCAGAGGACCUGGGGCCGCUGACGUCUGCAGAGGGAGACCUGGAAAUACUGAAAUCCCUAGAAAUGCAAGAGCCACAGUGGUGUCUAGAGGAAGUGGACCGAGGGAUGACGACGCCUCUCGGGGAGGAGAUCCAGGAUCGCUCGGGCUCUCUGGAAGAGAACCAGGAGCCACUGCAAGCCCUGGAGGAAGGGCACCGGGAAGCUCUGGAGUCUCCGGGAGAAUGCAGCCCAGAGAACCUAGGAUCCCUGGAGGAGGAGGAAGACAAGGGCCGCCACAGGGAUGCAGCAGAGGGAGAGGAUGAGGAGCAGUCGCCGUGGCGCCUGGGAGAGCAGAGGCAGGAGCUGCCGUGGCCUGCAGAUCCGCACACAGGGGAAGAGGAGGAGGAGGAGGAGGAGGGGGGGGGCCAGGGCCUGGGUCAGGAACGCCCGGGGAGGGCCUCGAGGGCAAGUGAGGAGGAGGCCGAGCUGGACCCCAGGCAGCCAGAUGGCUGUGCCGGGAAGGAGGAGGAGGCAGUGCAGGGAGAGCUGCAGCUGGGUGCCAGGGGGACAGCCUGGGGGCCUCCCGGGAGCCCUGAGCCCAGAGAGCAGGGAGUCCCGGCUGUGGGAGCCAGUGAGAAGGAAGGCGCUGAGGGCCUGCAGGAGCCUGAGAGGCAACCAGAGCAGCCGGGAGCCCCAGACCUCCAAGCUCCCCAGGGGGUUCCAGAGGCGACAGAGCCCCUGUCGGAAGGGGAGGCUGCAGCUCCCGGGGGUGACCCAGUCUCCCCAGGGGUCACCUUGGCAUCAGAGACAGCUGUGGGUGAGGCUGCUGUGGGAGCCACGGAGGACCCAGGCCAUCUGGCCAGAGAGGUGAUGCAGCCACUGUGUGGGGAGGCGGGUUGGGAGGUCAGGAGGGUUCAGGGCUUGGAAGGCCCCCGGGAGGACAAAGAGGAGGCUGAUGUUUCAGAGGUAGAGCCUCCAGAAGCAGAGCCCCCACAGCCACCCGCAGGCAGGGAGGCCUCAGAGCCGGAGAUGCCCUGGGGAGCAGGGGAGGGGUCCCCUGCUGAGACCCCAGGCCACACCGGAGGAGAUGCUCCUGAAUGCAGGCCCCUGGGGUCGGAAGCAGAUGAGGACGACUCACAGCUGGUGCUGGGCGCCCCAAGCCCAAGACCCCCUGAGCCCAGGUCGCCCACCCCCACCCUGGGAGGUGCCCCUGAGCCCCAGCCCCAGGCUGAGGGGAGCCAGGAGGUCAGCUUCAGGCUGGAGGGCAGGGUUGAGGCCACAGGCCAGGUGGAAGGUGAGCAGGAGGAGCUGGGUUCUGGGGAGAUCCCUGAGGGCCUCCAGGAGGAAGGGGAAGAGAGCAGAGAAGAAAGCGAGGCUGAUGAGCUCGGGGAAACCCUUCCCGACUCCACUCCCCUGGGCCUCUACCUUGGAUCCCCUGCCUCCCCAAGGUGGGACCGGGCUGGAGAGCAGAGGCCUUCCCCUCAAGGGGAAGCCCAAGAGGAAGGUUGGGAUCCUGCUGGCCUAGCCUUGGAGAGCCUUGGGGCCCCACCCCAGGCAGAGGAGGAGGGAGAGGGGGACGAGGAGUGUGACAGGGACUCCGAGCUGUCAGAGGAAUUUGAGGACCUGGGGACUGAGGCUUCCCUUCUUCCGGGGGCCCCCAGGCAGGCAGCAGAACCUCUGGGCCAGGUGCCCCAGCUGCUGGAGCCUGCAGCCUGGGACCGGGACGGGGAGUCUGAUGGGUUUGCAGAUGAAGAAGAGAGUGGGGAGGAGGGGGAGGAGGAGGAGGAGGAGAGGGAGCCAGGGGCUGCGCAGUGGGGGCCAGGGUCCUCUGCUGGCAGCCUCCAGAGAGGGGACUUCCUGGAGUCUGAGACCGUGGGUGUGAGUGUCCCCUGGGAUGAUGGCUCGCGGGGUGCGGUGGCCGAUGCCCCCGUGACUGCCCUGGACACAGAGUCUCAGGACAGUGCCGAGCCUUCCGGCUCAGAGGAAGAGUCUGACUCUGUUCCUUUGGAGAGGGAGGACCAAGGCCCUGGCCCCAUGGAGACCCCCAGGAGGGCGGAGGGCACAAGCCCGGGCACAGGGGACACCCUUGGGAUCAAUGGCCGGGGCCCCGACUUGCAGGAAUCAGAGCAUGUGAACGGGGGUGUGGUGAACGGGCUGCAGCAGCCUGAAGGGGUGGGGCAGGGGAAACUGGGGGCCCCUGAUGGGGACCGGGGAAGCCCCUCAGCAGAGGAGGAGGGGGCUGCCUUGAAGACCCCAUGGGCAGGGGUUCCCUUUCAGCUGGGUCCAAGCCCGUUCCUGAAGUUCACGCAGAGGGAAGGCGAAGGAGACUCCUGGUCCUCGGGGGAAGACUAGAAAAGCAGCCCUGGUCCCCAUGGCAGAACCCAAGCCCUUGUGGCUCAGGGCGGCACCCUUAACUUAUGAUCUCCUGACCCCUGGUUUCUGUCCGAGAGGUCUGGCUGGCAAAGGUGAGACGGGGUUGGCCAAGGAGCCUGUUCCAAGAAUGGAGGCCUUGGGGAUAAGAGCCUCGGACCCUGCCAGGGGCCAUCCUGCCUGCUCUGUCCCAUAGGCUUCCGGCAGCAGAAUCCCCAUAGCACCAGACCCCUCUCCUCUGCACCCCACCAACUGGAAGAGGCCAGGGUGUCUCCUGCACCACCCGCCCCUGCAGCGGCAGCGCCCUCACUGGCUGUCUGGCUUGUGCCUCACGGAGGUGAAGGCUGCUCCUUUGUCUUCACCCCCUAUCCUUGCCCUGCAGCUCAUCCCGGCUUGAAUAAAGGAUGCCUCUGC